AAACAAACAGCCUUUAGACAAGUCGUAUUCUACUGGGAGUCCUCUCCUAAGAUAGAGUGAUCUGAUCCAGAAAACCAGACUGAAAAUCCAGGGUGAACUCACCUUAUCCAUUUAACUGGACACAAUCUUGCCACGUCAGCUCAGAAAGCACAAAGCUUUCCACUUUCCCCCAUCUCCAUUUCUCCCUGCCAAAACCCAUCUCUGCCAGCUCCAACUUCCAACCCUCCAUUCCCCAUACUCAUAACUUUAUUUUAACACCAACAUCCAAUUCAAGAUACCGCACUUCCCAGAACCAAACUGAGCUAUGGCAGCCACUGCUGCAACUGCUGCUGCUGGAGCCAUUAGUUCAUCUCUCUUCCCAUCCAUCAGCACCCUAAACAACAGGCUGCACCUGCCAUCCUCGGACUCUGUCCUCAGACUUCCAACCUCAGCUCGUCUACAUCUGUCUGCUGCUCCCGGCGGUGGAGAUCAUCUUCCUCUUCCCAUUGCUGCAGCAGCAUUGUGGCGGGCGCCCAAGAAGGUAUUUGUGGCGGCCGUCGCUCAGGAAGAGGCAGAGGCGGAGGUGGAGACCACUCCAGCGGAGGAAGAGAAAGGAGUUGAAGGUGGUGAAGAAACGGGAGAAGGCAGCAGUGGCGUGAAUACAAAGCUUUACUUUGGGAAUUUGCCUUACAAUGUUGAUAGUGCGCAGCUUGCUGGGAUCAUUCAGGAUUAUGGAAGCCCUGAACUCAUUGAGGUUCUCUACGACAGGGCAACAGGGAGAAGCAGAGGAUUUGCUUUCGUGACUAUGAGCAGUGUUGAUGAUUGCAAGGCAGUGAUCCAAAACCUUGAUGGAUUCAUAUUUUCAUCUCAUUUUGUACAGCAAUACAUGGGUCGGAUCCUCAGGGUGAACUUUUCGGACAAACCUCGACCCAGAGAACCUCUGUACCCAGAGACAGAACACAAGCUGUUUGUUGGCAACUUAUCAUGGUCUGUCACCUCCGAGAGCUUGACAGAAGCUUUCAAACCUUAUGGCAAUGUGGUUGGCGCCCGAGUGCUCUAUGACGGGGAGUCCGGAAGGUCUCGUGGGUACGGAUUCGUUUGCUACACCAGCAAAUCAGAUAUGGAAACAGCUCUGGAAGCUCUAAAUGGACUGGAAUUAGAAGGACGAGCCAUAAGGGUGAGCUUGGCAGAAGGAAAGAAAACAUGAGCUAUGGUCGAUGGAGAACUUAAAACGCGAACCGGUGAGAACUGCUACACAAGCCAUGGAUGAAUUCACAACAACAGCACGCCGAAGGAAGAAUUUUUUUUUAUGAUGUGGAGACCAGCGGCAUACAAUAGGAAAAAGAGACAGGCAGAGACUAUGGAUUCUGAUCCUGUUAUGUAGCAAAGUGGGCAGAAAUAGGUGUUAAGGACAAGUUUGAUUGUUGUGGUUAAUUCAACAGGAGCGCUGCUGGAUGUAUAGAUUUUGGAAUUUGGAGAUGUAUAUUCUGAAAUCAUUGCAGUUCUUCUGUUAGUAAGCUGGUCAGCUGUUCAACAUAGUGAGUUCUAAGUCUAACUGUGAAGGAAUCUAUCUCUCUUAAACAAAAUGCUCAGUUGGAUAUUCGUAUUCAUCGCCAUUAACCCAUUAUAAUCAUAAUAUAACCUCUCUUCCUUUGGUAUGUCUCUGUUAGCAAUCAGCAGCACCCGGCACUCGCCAUUAACAGAAUACCUCACGCAUUUCAGGUUCUGCUUCCUCCUCCCUCCUGUGUAUGGUUGUUGAUGCCAUUGAUGAACCUUGCUAUAUUUCCA